CUCCGCCUGGCUGAUUUCGUUGAGUAGAAUGCCCAAUAAUUUAUUUUAAUAGGUAAUAUUUUGAUUAUGCAUUUCUACUAAUUUGCUCGGGAACUAAACUUCAUACUUUAAAUAAUUUGCCUAAAUUUAAUUAAACACUGACUUACAUGAGUGCUUCCAACUGUGAAUUAAUUAUUAAAGAUCACACAAAUAUAAACUAUCUGCACAAAUGAAUCUAACGAACCAACAAGUUUUUGUUUUACGGUUUAAGUCGUAUAUAUCAGUUUUUGUUAAAAUAAUCAUACAGCGUCAAGAUCCGAAGACACUUAGUCCUCGUUUAAAUCUAGACUGAUCCCGGAAUCGCUGAGUUUCCGCAUAAGAUCUAGCUCCUUAGUCCCGAAAACGCUGAGUUCUCGCUUAAGACUGUGGAACCUGUUUGAUUAUUUAUACAUAACUGAUACCUCCGGACUAAACCAUACUUGGGUUUGGCACGAUCCCGGGAGCGCUGAGUUCCCGCGUAAGAUCUAGCUUCUAAGUCCCGAAAACGCAGAGUUCUCGCUUAAGACUUAGGAGCCGCCACUCAACUCCGAAGACGCAGAGUCCUCGCUUCAAGUCGAGAUAUGCUUAACCCCAAAGACCUGCAUGUGGUAUGAGUCUAAAAACCAUAAUGAAUAAAAUGUCUGUUUCAAUGUACGUAACGUGAUUCGGGGUUCUCAACUUUGGGUAUCAUUUUGAUCGUGAUAUCACUUUCUAAAACAUAGCGUAAGAAAUGAACAAUCUAAAGAAACUACCGUUUCAUAAGAAAUGAGUAUGAUAAAAUAUCAUAAUUAUAUUUACCUAAUAGGUACUUGAAGCCCAAAUGGUCAGCGAAUACGUUUUGAAAUUCUUUUAUGACAAGUAGGUAUCAAGUUAUAAACAUACUAGUUUGAUAUAAGUUAGUAUGUCUUCAAUAUAAGUACCUACUUAUAUCUAAAUAGUUUUUUUUUACAUAAAAUAUGUUUUCUAUAAAAUGCAUCUUAUUUAUUUAACUCAGAUUAUUUCAAAUAAAAUGUUACGUACUCCUUACCAUGUUUUACCAAGCCUAAUAGACCAGGAGCUAACAAUAUGAAUAUGUAUGAGAUAUAAUAUAUAUUUGAAAACACCGUCGUGGCUGUUUACCUGUGGUGUAGCGGUUAAGAUGGUGGUUUUCAUUCCUCAGGUUGUUGGUUCAAUAUAAACUUAAAGUUAUAAAUAAGUUCAUUACACACUACACUACACUACACUACAUACAUUAAACGUUCCUUUACGAAAAAAGCUUGUGACUCAGCUUAAGGUCUUAAUAUUGGCGAAAUUAUACCUAGGUAUGUUUAAUAUUAAAAACUAUUGAACUCGCGCCCGGCCUAUCAACUUUUCCACGGUUUUGCUUACGCUGCAUCACGAGGCAGCGCGGCUGCGGCCAGUUCUUGAUAUAUGAUAUUAUUGUUUGUCCAUAUUCUAUUCAUUUAUGCGAUGGUUUAGUGGUUAAUGAAUUAGGAAGUACUAGAUUCUAUUUUAAAAUAGGUUCAUAAAAUAAAAUUACUUUCUGUACUUUGGGUGUUAAUAAACUUUGUUAUUAAAGUAAAUUUAUAUACCUACCUAGAUAUACAUAUUUACAGCGAACAAAGUUGAGUUUUUUUAAGUAAGAAACCCAUUUAUUAACUACCACAUAAGUGGUAAUAAUAACGAAUCGCAUCAUGCACUAUUCGUGUUUGUGACAUGCGAGUACCUAAGAACGGAUCCUAGUAUGGUUCUAUGUAUUCUUAUCUGUUAACACUUGUAUAACCGUUCUUAGCUAUAAGCUAUAAGGUCUCAUGUUGUACCCAUAACAGUCAAUAUUAUUUAUUUUAGAAAGAAGUAUAACGACCGAAUAGCGCACUGGUUAGUAACUCUAAUUGUUAUGCUGAGGGUUCGGGGUUCGAUCCCCGGCCGGGGCAGAACACUUAAUUGCACAACUGUUAGAGUUACUAACCAGCGCGCUAUUCGGUCGUUUAUUUCUUCCUUCAUUAAAUAAUAUCAAACACAACACUUCACCUAUACAGAUGUCAAACGUAUAACACCUCUCUUUCCAAUUGUGGGUAAUGGUUGCACAAAUGCAUUUCAAUAAACGUGUUCCGGUGUUAUAUUUCAUUAUUGCAAAAUAUGUCGGUUUACCUACUCGAAAACAUCUAUUUUGCAGAGAUUGCAAUUUUCACACACUGACACACAUCUACAUUGCACAGUUCACAAUGUCAUAUGACUAACUCAAUGAAAACCUAAGUAAGCCUUAAAGUGCAGUGUUAAGGUUGAAAAUUUAAUAUUAUUAAGUAAGACUUAUUAUUUUAUAUAAUACAACCAUAAUGGUUUUUAAAUAAUUAAUUAUUUUUUGGCUGUCCUUUCUUCGCUCAGCCAUCACCGUGCCUGUCUGUGCGCUCUGUAAAACCCUUCAGUUUUUCUUCAGUCAUUCCUUAAGUGCUGUUCGUGGUUCCUGUGAAAAUCUAUCAACAUCCUGAAACAAUGUCUGACUCAGAAUACGAAAGUGUCGUCUCGCUGCCGCACACAUCCAAAAGCAAAACUGCCGUCGCGGCCCCGAACAAACGGAAGAAUAACUCAGCAGAACCCCAAAGGACUAAUAAGAAGAAGAAGACCAGUGGCACAAGCAAACUGGACAUAUUCGGGAUUUUGGAUGAAGCUGAAAACCUAGCAAGCAGAGCAGCGCCGGACAACUACCCUAUAUCGUCUAGCUUCGUGUCUCGCGUGGCCAACGGCUCCGUACGAAAGAGCUUAAUUAACGACGGUGAAUUUUAUGUUGAGCUAAAAGUGUACAACACACUUGACGCUAAAACCUCUAAGCCUGAGGAACGGUGGAAAAAAGCCCUGUUCAAUCUGAAACUGCUGACUGAGCAGGACGGCGAGCCGUGGCAGGCGCUGCAGAAGUUUGUAAGGGAAGCGCACUCCGUGUUCGGAGACUGCGAACCUGUUUACUAUAGCGAAAAAAUUCAUAUUAAGUAAAUUCAUCAACUUACU